UAGUGCUCUAUGAUGGGUUCUGAAAGAUGGAGUCUUUGUUAUCUAUUAAUCUAUAUGCAUGGGAUCAUGUCAGCUGAUCUCGAGAUCUUGUGUUUCUCCUUUCCUUGUAUAUAUUAAGACUUUUAUCAACGAGCGAAGAAAGUAGACAACUUUGUUAUGAAGGAUUGUGAGAUUUGGUCCUUGGACUUUUAACUAGAUUGCUUUCUAAAGAAGAAUGGAUUAUGAAAACCUGAAAAAAGUUUAAAUCUUUUGUAUUGCUUUCUCAUUAAGAUGAAUUCAUGUCUGAUUACAUGAGAUUUAAAGUAUUUGCUGCUGGGGUCUCAAUGAUUCUACUAUGUGAUGUAUAUUGGCAGGGAAGGGUUUUGUCCCCAAAGUAUGUAUUUACUAUUUAGCAUAGCUUGUGGAGAAAGAAUAUAGCUCUUUGUCCUUACAUCAGUUAGGUGACUCUUAAUAAGGGUACAUAUGUGCAAUAAGCUAGCUAGUCGGCAUGUACGUGUAGGUUUAGCCGAACCAAGCAAUGCCCCUUGCUGCGAUAUAUGCGAAAAUGCACCUGCCUUCUUUUACUGUGAGAUAGACGGUAGUUCGCUUUGUCUGCAAUGUGACAUGGUAGUACAUGUUGGUGGCAAGCGAACGCACGGGCGGUUUCUUUUGCUCAGACAGAGGAUAGAGUUUCCAGGGGACAGGCCUAAACAAAACAACGCUAGAGACAAUAUGCAAAACCAAAGAGUCUCUGCAAGUGCAAACGGUGAAGCUAAUGGCAAGACUGACGAUGAAAUGAUUGAUCUAAAUGCUAACCCGCAGAGAGUACAUGAACCAUCAUCAAAUAACCAAGGUAUCGAUGUAAAUAACACGAACAAUCACGAGCCUGCAGGUGUUGGACCCUUUAAACGAGAGUCUGAGAAGUGAUAAGAGUUUCGGUGUAUGGGAAGCUUUGUUGUUGAAGAAAGAAGAAAGGCUUGUCUUGUUUGUGAAUUAUCUUAGUUUAAAGGAAAGGGCUCACAUGAAUGUAAAAGCUAAUAUAAUCUGAAAUUUCUCAGUAACUUAUUUAUUUUCAUUUUUCUUAUUAUUAAAACUAUUUUGGAAUA